GAGGGAAUGGGGUAUAGAGGGAGCUGUGAGGAGCUAACAGAGGGAGAGAGUAAAAGAGGGAAAGAGAGAGGAACGAAUAGAGGGACAGAGAAGGGGUAAAAGCUGAUGAAGCAGAGAGAGUGGGAAACAAAGUGAGGAAUACGUGGUUAAGAAAAAAGCAAGAGAGGAUGCUAAAGAAAGGAGUUAUUGAAGAGCUAAAGUGAGAAAAGACAGAAAGUGACAGAACAAGAAGGGGGAGGUGAAGGGGAGAGAAUACAGAGAUGGAAACAGUGUCUGAAUGAGCCAGCAUUCUAAACCAAAGGACUGUCACAUACCGUGACACAGGACCCAGACAGAGUGACACUCAGUGGCACAGACUCAGUGACAAAGACAGGCUCAGUGACAGUGAUGCAGUGAGUUGGUGAGUGACAUUUAGUGACGGGCAGAAUCAGUGUAACACAGCUUGCAUGGUCUAAUAAUGCUAACAGCUGUAGUCUGGUGACUUGCACUUUAUUGGAAAUACAAGAGGGGACAUGAUUUAAGUGCAACUGCCUGUUAUCCUGACAGUGAAAACACUAAUAUUGUAAAUAACUAUAUUACGGGGAAAUGCCAAGACUACGGUAGUGUGCCAGGGUGAUAACGUCUGGAGUGUGCCAAGGACAAGUGAUAAUCUGGUGAAGUGUAGCAGGAAGACAUAAUACCCUCUGGUGUGUGCCAGAGAGAAUCAAUACCCUACUGGAUUGUGCCAAACACAAGUGGGAUCCUCUGGAGUGUGCUAAGAUUUACCAAGGAGAAGACAGCUGUGGACUGUGCUUUUUGUAAGAGUCAAAGCAAAGUGUCCUGAGAGAACAAGAAACCACAAAGCCUGAAGCAGUAGGAAACCUUUUGGAGUAUACCACAGCCACUCAGGUCUUCAGCAAGUGGAAAAUAGCAGUAGCAGAAUGCAGUGGGCACCUAGCGGGAAAUUACUUUUGAUCACUUUCUUCCCCAUGUUUGUAUGGUUUCUGUACCCUGCAGAUGCCAAGGGGACAUAUUACGCACCACCUCCCCCUGGGAGGUUUAUUCACAACCUGUACACCUCUGGUUCUCAUCAACAGCACUAUGGCAAACCCAUAAGCAAGCACAGAAAUUACUGUGUGUACAUUGUACAGAAGAACGUGACCUGCACUGAGCUGGAUGGGACAGAGCCGUAUAUCAAGGAAGAGUAUCUGAAAUGCAGCUGGGGUCCCAAGUGCCCACCAAAUGUCAUGUAUAGGACUCUCUACAGACCAAAGUAUAAGAUUGGGCACAAAAUUGUGACAGAACUCCAGUGGCGCUGUUGUCCUGGGUAUUCUGGAGAAGCCUGCCAGGAUGGAUCUACUCACCAGUCAGGUUCACUGCCUCCUUAUGGUGGACCCAAAGCUGCCCCUGUUCAGAAGUUCUUCCCUCCUCCAAAGAGCCUACCAACGCAUCCACAGCUACAGCCAGAGACCCUUCCUGAUAUCCCUACACCACCAAAGAAAACUGGAUAUGGACGGAAACUAUCGCCUAUAUUUGGUGAACGUCUAGACCGAGUAGAGGAAGAGGUCCGACGUCUUUCUCAGUCCUAUGACAGCCUGCAAGGGAUUGUGAGCAGCCUAGGGGAUUCUCUUCGCUUAGCUAUCCAGGAAGAUACAAACAAGAUGAUUGGUUCUCUAGUCAGUGGGCCAAGUUCCUCCUCACAGUCCUCAGUGGAAUUCGGAACAAUACCAGAUGCAGCAGCUGAGGCCCCACAUGUCCCUGGGGAUCUGUCUGGAAGGGUGGCUGAAGUGAGUGAGAUUCUCCGUUCCAAGACAGAGCUUCUGGAGGAAGUAAAUGGGAUGGUGAUGGGACAUGAGGCACAACUCCAACACCUUUUGGAAGCAACCAGGCCAUCUCCACUCACCUCCACUGAACUGCUGGACCAAUAUCUUGAGGGUAAGCUGGCAGAGGCCCGGGCCCAGCUGCUGGAUGGGCUUGAAGCAAGGUUGCAGAAUAUUCAAGGAAAUUGUGACACUAAAGUUCGGGCUGUUCAGAAGGAAUGUCAGGAUGGAGAAAAUGCAGCAAGGCAUAGGCUGUUACAGGAAAUGGAUGGAAGAGAGCUAGAAAUGCGAAAGGAAAUGUCUCAAAUAGGUGCUACAGUGCAGGGGCUUAAUGCACCUGAGGGCUGCUGUGGACGUCUGGAGGAACUGACUAGGAGAGUAGAGGAACUUGAGCGUGGAAUGCGUCAGCUAAGUGAGGAACACCGCAGCUUGAGUCAGAGACUGGAUGUGGAAGUCAUGCACCUUACUCUGGAGCCACAAGUCUCAGCAAGGCUAGAUGAGGUGGAGGGUCGUUUGAAUCUCACUGAGGAGGGAACUAGGAGGUGCUGCCAAGAAGGAAUGGAAAGGGGACAGCUGAUGGCCGAGCUAGAUGGCGUUAGAGCAUCUAUAGAUGACAAGGUCCGAGUCCUGGAGGAGAGGUUGUUAACUGCUGUAGGAGAGUUGAGCAAUGCCACUGCAGCACUUUCUUUAGAUGGGGCCACUAUGCCACUAUUAGAAGAGCAGAUGUCAACAUUACAAAAAGAGGGCAUAGAGGGUAUGACAGAUGUGCAGAGCCGACUUGCUGCUAUAGAGGAGCUGUGUGCAGCUGGAUGCUCAGUACCUGGAGAUUCAUUACUGGAAAUCCACAAUGAAGUGUCACAGUGCAAAGAGCAAAACCAAGAUCUUCACAGUCAACUGGGCCACCUCAACAACACAGUAUUGAACAUUCAAAGGCAACUGGAGAGACAGAAAGAGGAGACCUUGCAAGGAGAAAUCACUCUGUUGCAAGUCAACCUGCGGAGUGUGGGACGGUCUUUGCAUGGCCUGGAAGAGACAGUGACCAGGUAUGCUGAUGCUGUUACCCAGGUGAACUCUACAGUUGAGGAACGAGGGAGCCGACUGAAUGAGGAACUGCACUCUGUCCAGGACAAGGUGGUUGGACACGGUUCCCAAAUCCGCUCUAGUCGGACACAGUUACUUGGGUUACGUGGAGAUAUGGAGAGGAUGAAAGCACGUUUGGCAGGACAAUUAGGUAGCUGCCAGCAACUGUCUCGAGAAUUACAUGGGGAGGUGGCUCAAUUUGAGCGUAGGGUGUCGGAGGUGGAAAAUGCAUGUGGGAGUCCAGAGAAGGACAUUUUGAGCUAUCUUGACAAUGUCAACAGCACAUUAGCUUCUCAUGAGCGUGGUCUGGCUGCCCUUAGGCUUGAACUAAGCAAAAUCAACCAUCAUGCACCAAUUCUGCCACAACCACCCACAACCCAAGCCACUUAUGGUGAGCAAUAGCACAGGAGAUCUAUGAAAUUAGGACUGUGGACUGACUUGUGGAUAUAAAUUGCAAAGCAUUGCACCUCUCAGAAUUUACCCCAGGAGGGUUACUCACCUCAUUAAAGUUUGUUACUUCAUAAAUUCUGGUACAGCUUUACCAGCCUAAAAAGCCACUAUGAGUGAAGUCUAGAAAGUGGGGCUUUGUUUGGUGCUAGGGCAUUAUUAUUAUUAUAAUUAUGCAAAGGAAGUUCUACAUGACUCCUUAUAUGUUAUGUAUUUGUGUCUUGUAUAACCCCUGAUUCACUGCAGGAUUCUGGGUUUCAUCAGUUCUGUUUUUGUUGAUUUUUACCUUGACGUUACCUUUAUAUGGAAACCUCUCAACUCUGUUUAAGCCAUCAGGCUUUGCACUGUCAAAGGAACGUUUUAUAUGAUGGAGUCAGAAGUAUUGCUGCUUCCAUAAAGUCAAAACUAAUCAUGUUUGUUCAGAUGUGAGCAAGUGGCACCAAAAUCAUCAAUCCCGGGAACAAUAUAGGGCAUCACUUUCUCCAGUGCUAUCGCAUUACCUUACAUUGAAGUAUUGAUCACACCAUACUCCUUUUCCACACAAAAGACAUUGUGCUGUCUGCCAACUGUUCCUUUUACUGAAUGAAUCACUGUUUUAAAGGCAAACACACAGUAUUCUCCUGGCCUACAGCUUACUUCAAGCCAUGAUCACAAACCAUUGAAUACCCACAAAUAUUUUUUUUUUUUCAUAGUACUUGAGUACACGAGUUUAUAGCUAACGUAUUUUAAAUUUAACAUAAUCUAACUAAAAUUUAGAAUACUUGCUGAAGGGAGCUUAAUUUUACAGUAUUAGUACAGUCAUCUCUGGGGCCCCUGGGGGGGGGGGGACUUGUGUACUUGCCUAAUAUAGGGUUUUUGGAGAUUCCAGUGUUAGAAACAGUGGCAAGUAACAAGUAAAUGCCCUUCUUUUCAGCUUGAAACGUUAAGAGGUAUUCAUUGAUGCAUACACAGUUUGCAGAUACAUAUUGGAGUGCAGCCUGAACAUGCCAUCACUUCUAUUGUCUGAAUACAAUGUGCGCUGCAAGUCCCCUUUACACUCUAAUGCAUGAUGUUCUAAUGUUAUGAGUGGAGCUGGCGCCACCUUGUGGCAAAUAAAAACAUUACUUGAAAAUUCAGAAAAUAGUAUUUUACAAAUGUUAAAGCAUUGAUUAAGUUCACCAUUGUUGCUCUAAAAUGUAACAAUUUUAGGCCCUGUGACCCAGAUCAAUGACCUGUACAUAAUGAGUUUGCCCAAAACCUGAUAAGAAGCAUCACAUUGACCCUAUUAAUUGUUAAUUUACUAUAACACCAAUCAUAUUAAUGGUGACGGUGUCUGUUGGUGCUCUAUAUAUUUGAGAAUAUAAUUUCUGGCCUAUUCAGAGCUCCAGCAGUUACUUUGCUUCUCCUAUUAUAUGCCUCUUAGCCCAAAUAUAUUAUUUUUUUUUUAAACUGGUCUAUGUUGUUACUGUUUCUAAAUCAUCUCUAACUGUUGGUUUUUAUUUACAUUGGGGUUAGAUUUGUCAUUUCAAUUUUUGUGAAAUGAUGGUUUAUAGAUUUACUAAGUGGUCUCUCCAACUUCACUAGUUCAUAUGUUAUUCUAUGCAGCUGAUUCACUAAAGCUUACUAAUCUCUCCAUUCUCUAGCAAAUUGGCUGCUUAUAUUAACAUAGGAGCUGGUGACUUUGGAGACACCAUGAACAAGGCCCCUUCAUGUACCUCAUUUUCUACAGAAAGAUAAGGUUUUGCUGUGAUUUUACAUUACCCUCAAAAUUACACAGCCACGGAAUGUGUGGCUUUGUGGAACAAUGCUUUAAGGCAUAAACUGCAUGUUGUCAACUGACUAGUGAGCACCCUCAUUUUCUUAAACUUAAACAAUGACAAUACGUUUGCAAGGCAGUCAAAAGUAAAUAACAACACCUGUGUCCAGUAUUAAACCAAACAGUCCAGUAAAUUGUACAUAAAUACUGUACAAUUAACUGAUCUAAUAUUUUCCUCAUUUUUAUGGAUACUGAGUGUAGUGUUCUGCGGUGGUAGAAUUCAUUAAGGACAUUUCUAAUUAAAGUUCCUUUGCCACAUGGUUUCCCUCUCAGUUCAUUACUUUUCUGCACACACCUCAUGGGUGGGAUAUUUAUAUUAGCAGCGUUGGGAUCCUCCUAUUCGUGGAGUUACCUUAGGGGUGGGAUAUACAAGUUCCUCUAUAUUGGAGAGCAGUUAAUAGAAAAAAACAACUGUAAUUACCUAGAUAAACAUUUAUGAAUUUGUAUAACGCUUAAGUCUACACAUGCUUUGCACUACAUCCACUAGGAUUUAGAACUGGAUAACACUGUUUCAUCUCAUUUGCAUCUUUGAGCCUAUAAUGUGUUCUUCUUCCAUGUAGUUUUACUUUAUUAAAGGGGCAUGAUUUUGAUACAGUGUACAAUUUUUAACAACUUUCUUCGCUUCUAUUAUCUAAUUUGCUUCAUUCUCUUUGUAUCCUUUAUUGAAGGAACAGAAAUGCAAAUGGGUGAACCAAUAAUAUGAGGCAUAAUUGUGCAGCCAUCAAUCAGCAGCUCAUAAGCCUACCUAGGUGUUCUUUUUUAACAAAGGAUACCAGGCAAAGGAAACCAAUUAGAUAAUAGAAAUAAUAUGGAAAGCAUGUUCUUUCUGAAUCAUGAAAGAAAAAAAUUGGGGUUCAUGUCCCUUUAAUCUAUUUUUAUAGUAGUUGCAGAUUUUAUAUUUUUUUUAUCUACUCUAUAGGCGACACUGUGAAACAAAAAUAACUGGAUAUCUGCAUAUUCCUGCAGUGCAUCCCCUUAACUUCCAUUAGUUUUACCAAAUAUGCAGACCAGUGGCGUUUAGUGUCUCUUUAAGCAAAUCCACCUUUACAAUUGGAUCCAUUAAUUAAUGCAGCCACUUCUGGGGUGCUAUUUAUCCAUCCAAAAUAUUUCUUUAAAUCAUAUUUCAAAUCGCUUUCUCUAUAAAAAGUAGCAUAAGCUCCUCUGGCAGGGGAAAGUCCAUUAGAAAACAGACUGCCGGCCUUUUUUUAUGCAGAGGAUACAUUUUAAACUGUAAUAAAUAAAAAAGAAACCUCUACAUUUAUCAGAUGUCUUAUGAAUAUAAUACUGCAUGUGUCAGGGUUGUUGUUCUUUUUCAUUUUUUAUUAUAUUUUUUAAAGAUGUUUAAUAUUAUUUUGAAGCAUAAAAUUUAAAGAGAAGUAAAGUAAACCACAGAUAAGAUUUUUUUUUCUAUUUUGGUUGUUAAUUGUCAUUGUCUAAUAUAAAAAUUGUAUUGUUGUUCUGUGGGCUCUGGAGGAAGAGAAAUAAAAAUAAAAAAAAACCUUGUUCAA